UUGAUCAAACAUGGCAGCGACCUUGUGCACUGCAUGAGAUUCUGAUGUGAAAUAUGAAUGACUAGAAAUUAACAUUGAUACAGUAAAUCUGUGUUUUGCUUAUUAAACUUUAGGAGUAGUCAUGUUAUCGAUAGUAAAGCGCGUGUUUCUGGGAAUCACCCGGACAUCAAACCGGACAGAUGUUGUGCAGAGUAACUUGAAGGUUCUUUCAGCUGGUUUGAAAACUUAUGAAAUCCCACCAGACUUCAGUGAUGUGGUUCUACCAGAAAGACCUAAACUUAAAUUCCUUAAUAAGGUCCCAAACUUUAAAAAGGCAAAGAAGGAGAUGAAGAGGCUGCGUGACAUUCAGGGACCUGCAAAAGCAGCCAACACGUUCACUAAAGGACAGUUUGGUAUUGUGGCUCUGGGUGGAGGAUACCUGCACUGGGGUCACAUGGAGAUGAUGAGAUUGACCAUUAACCGCCGCAUGGACCCUCGCACAACAUUCGCUCGCUGGCGCAUCAAUGCUCCGUACAAACCCAUAACUCGUAAAGGUCUCGGUCAGCGUAUGGGCGGAGGAAAAGGUGCCAUCGAUCACUACGUUACUCCAGUGAAAUGUGGCCGAUUGAUAGUAGAGGUCGGAGGUCACAUUGAGUUAGGAGAAGUUGAGGGGGUUCUUACAGAGGUGGCCAAAAAACUUCCCUUUCCAGCCAAGGUGGUGAGCAGGGAAAGUCUGUCAGCGUUACAGCAGGAACAGAUAGAGAAAGAAGUCAACAAUCAGAACCCCUGGACCUUCCAGAGGAUCGCCCAAUCCAACAUGUUAGGCAUUCGUAAAGUCCUCAGCCCGUUUGACCUCCACAAUCACGGACGAUACACUGGAAAGUUUUAUAACCCAGGAAGGGUUUAGUUUGUUUCAUGAGAUAACAGAUCACUAAUCUAGUAAUGUCAGCACAUAGCUGAACUCGAGCCCUUCAGGACGGAUGUGGUGAAACAAGUUGUUUUUUUUAAGAGGAAGAAUUGAUGAUGCUUGCUGUUAUUAAUGUGGGUUAUCAGAUUUGCUCUGCUGAGGAUGAUUCACACUUAAGAUAUUAAGAUGCUCAAACUCAGUCCAUUGAUAUGUUGUGUCUUGUCAUUGUUUAUUAAACAGUCAUUCAUAUUUAUUUACAUACA